AAUCUUAAGUUUCCAAAAUUAAGAGUUCUCGCUUCUCAACAUUGUCCUGGACAUUUUAUGCGAGAGAUCGAUUGGUUAAACGUACCAAUGUUAAAGAAUCUUAGAACGGUUGUUACCGACUUAUUUGCAAGUGAAGAAUCAUGGUUAGAUGCAUUAAGAUUUGCUGGUGGAAACGCUUUUAAAAGUUUACCGAAUGUUAAAUAUAUCUUUUUUGUUGGAAAUCCACUUUUUAAACACAAAGGGAUUAAUCCUCAUUUAGUUAGGUUCCUUGAUGCAAAUGGAGUCCAAUCUCGUCUUGUAGAGGAUUCCUCUUGGGAUAAAACUAUGGAACUGGACUAUAAACUCAAUGGUCCAAUGAACUCGUAGAUCAUCAAGUUCACUUACUACAACUUUUCUAAAAUCUAUAAACCCGUCUCAAUGUUCAAUAUAUGAAUUCUAGCAAGUCCGAAGAAUACACAAAACCCAUGCAAGAAUUUAGUAAAUUCCCUUCAGUUAAAUCAGUUAAUCAAAAUUCAAUGCAAAAGUUUGAUUAGAAUUCGUUGUUUGUUUUUGGUGAAAACUUUCAAUUUCGUUCCUUCAUAUAAUGUCUUGUCACUUCUUCCUUGGUUUUAAAGAAACCCGAAGC